CCAUCGAGCUGACCAGAGCUGACCACCAACGCGACCCUGCUUCAUCUUGAUCAUCACGGCUUAACAUUUGACUCUUGUGACCAGAGUAGACUAUAAACGUACUGAACAGGCACUGUUUUUCCAACUUGGGCGUUCAAUAAACGUUUCAACAUGUGCAUAUGACUCCGAGUUGGAGUCUUUGCACGUAACUAUGGACAUGCUAUUCUGGGAUGUAUCUCUCUGUUACGUAGACCCACAUGUGGUGGUGGUAAGAAUUGUUUUUCUAUUGGAGUGCUUAAGAUGGACAUUCAGUUUACUCCGUAUUCUUAAAAGCAUGAACCUGCUGCGAUUCGAUCCUUUGGACAAUGUACGAAGCUACAAUUUGCCUGACUAUUUUUGCUGCAUUCUACAUCCUGUGGGACUAUCUCAGUGCGGCGCGGCGCCCACCUGGCCCUUUUCGUUGGCCAGUCGUCGGUAAUGCAUUUCAAAUUCCCACCGAAACUCCCUGGCGUCAAUUCUCGGAGUGGGGGAAGCAAUACGGCGACUUGGUCUCUCUUCGUAUUUUUGGCCGUCCAGUCUUGGUUCUUAAUUCUUGGGAAGCCAUCACAGAUUUGUACGAGCACAAGACUAGCAUUUACUCAGACAAACCCCUAAGAUUCAUGGGCGAACUGAGUGGAUUUGGACGCACCCUAACGAUGAAAAGCAAUGAUGAUGCGACUAAGGAGAUCAGGAAACUUCUCUAUGGGGAAUUCGGGCCGCGCGCAGUCAAAAAACACACUCAUAUCUUAGAAGAGAAUGCCCGUCGUCUUUGCUGUUGGAACAUCAAACAACCAGAGGCCUAUCUCACUAAUAUACGAAGAAUGGCCACAAUAAAUAUCAUGCGCAUCGCGUAUGGUUGUGUCAUUACCGAGGACGCAGAGGCAGACGAAAUCGCCGCAAUGUCAACUCAAGUUAUGUUCAACCUUAGCGUGGCGCUGGCUCCAAGUAGAUAUUUCGUUAAUUUGCUUCCGAUAUUGAAGUACAUACCUGCCUUUAUGCCUGGUGGCUCCUUCCAGACACAAGCUGCGAAAUCACGACAGACAUUUAAAGAUUAUUGGAUGAAGCCUUUUGAUGCUUUAGUAAACAGGAUGAAAAGUGGAAUGGCUCUGCCCUCGUUGUUAUCCAAUGCCCUUGAGGCUAAUGGUUUCGAUACCAAUAUUUCAAAUUCUGCUUAUCUCGAUCUCCUGAGAGAUACCGGAGCAGAAGCCCGUGGCGCGGGAACUGAUACAAAUGUCAGCACUAUCACAUCUUUCUUUCUUGCCAUGGUUCUUUAUCCUGAUAUCCAACGGCGGGCACAAGAGGAAAUACUAUCAGUUAUCAGGGAUGAGAGACUCCCUAAACUUUCAGAUCGCGAUUCUUUACCAUAUGUCAAUGCCCUCGUCAAAGAAUUGCUCCGGUGGAGUCCUGCGGCUCCUUGUUUAAGCCGUGUUCUCCGGGUGCCCGACGUCUACCGAGGUUUCAAUAUUGCUGCCGGAACUAUGGUAAUUGCAAAUGCGUGGGCAAUUACACGAAAUGAAAGCUGGUUUCCUGACCCAGAAACAUUUGAUCCGGAGCGACAUUUGAAUCGGGACAGCAAGUCCAAAAUUCCAGAAUCAGCGAGUCUGGCUUUUGGUUUUGGUCGCAGAUCAUGUCCCGCAUCAUAUGUUGCACUAGAUACUGUGUGGAUAACGGUUGCAAUGACUUUGGCUACCUGCACCAUUUAUCCCGAGGUUGACAGUAGUGGUAAUAUCAGUCUCCCAGAAGUAAAAUACACCAGCGGAGCCCUUAGUCAUCCUUGCCCUUUUAGCUGUCGUAUUGAGCCUCGAUCGGAAACCAGUUUGUGGGACCUUAGAUAUUGGAUGAACUGUAUUAUAAUCAGUAAAAGUAAUAACUAUUUUUCAAGUGUGUCCUUAUCAUGCGGUCUCAGUGAAAUAUUUUGUCAGAACUCGAAAAUGGCGGGCCGAUUCUCCGAGGAACUUUUUUUCGCUUUCUCCUCCUGCCACCACGUAAUAUUACUAGCCCGCCUCUAGGGUCCUCGGGUGUUUCCCAAGCAUGCUGCACAAGCACCAUGACUUCGAGUUGCAAGCCACUCAGAUAUGAGGGGUAUCCUUGCAACAUUAGCGCAUCUCAUGGAUUCAGUGAACUACUGCUAAAACCGCUCAUCAGCCUAUUUCCUCACGAAAACGCUGCAGUGCUCCUAUAAAUACCAGUAUCCACCUCGGUCGGGCUUUCCUGAUAUUUAUCUCAUGAGUGUCCAGGGUAGGGCAAACAUCAAGCACG